UGAAAUAAGAAAGCGAAAGCUCUCGGAGCCCGGAGAGGCCCUUUCCCCCUGUCCGGAAGCUGCUGCUUCGCAGAGUGGGAAGCCCUAGACCUCAGUCCACCCAAACCACUGCAAGCGCGGGGCAGUGAAAAGUGCAGGGCGGUGAAGAGGCAGAAGCAUCCGGCCCCGUCCAGGGCGCCCCGUCCACGGCACGAGGCCCAUGGAUAAGUUUCAGGCGGUGCUAAACCUGCACCUGCAGCAUCCCCGCGUGCUGGGCUACGGCCUGGUGACGCUCCUGACGGCGGGCGGGGAGCGCCUGUUCUCCGUCGCGGUGUUCCAGUGCCCCUGCAGCGCCGCCUGGAACCUGCCGUACGGCCUGGUCUUCCUGCUGGUGCCCGCGCUGGCGCUCUUCCUGCUGGGCUACGUGCUGAGCGCGCGCACCUGGCGCCUGCUGACCGGCUGCUGCGCGCGCGGCGCCCGCCCCGGGGGCUGCGGGCCGCGGCUGCGGGCCGCCCUGGUGUGCGUGCAGCUCAGCGCCACCGCCGCCGUCGCGCCGCUCACCUGGGUGGCCGUGGCGCUGCUCGGGGGCGCCUUCUACGAGUGCGCGGCCAGCGGGAGCGCCCCACUGGCGCGGCUGCUGUGCCGGGGCCGCGACGCCGCCUGCGAGGCCCAGCUGCCGCUGGCGCCCUGCCACCAGGCCCGGGCGCCCGACGCGCAGGACCUCCUGAAGGAGCUCAAGGCCCAGUCUCAGGUGCUGGGCUGGAUCCUAAUCGCAGUUGUUAUCACCUUCCUUUUGAUUUUUACAUCUAUCAUCCGAUGCCUAUCUCCAGUUAGUUUUCUGCAGCUGAAAUUUUGGAAAAUCUAUUUGGAACAGGAGCAGCAGAUCCUUAAGAGUCAAGCCACAGAGCAUGCGACAGAAUUGGCCAAAGAGAAUGUUAAAUGUUUCUUUGAGUGCUCACAUCCGAAGGAAUACAAUACCCCAAGCAUUAGAGACUGGCAGCAAAUUUCAUCACUAUAUACUUUCAAUCCAAAGGAGCAGUACUAUAGCAUGUUGCACAAGUAUGUUCAUAGAGCAGAGAAGAGUGAGAGCAUCAAAUCUAAAGAAGGAGAUACAGUGAUUCCCAUUCUUGGCUUUGUGGAUACACCUGGUAUGCACACUACUGCUGACUUAUGACCUUAUUAAUGGAUAUGAGGAAAGUUCUUUUGAGUUCUCGCUUCAUUUUUAAAAAAUAAGCUUUGGUAUUUUUAUGACUUUUUUUUUUCGAUUUUUCAAAUUGUGGAAACAAUUUUAAAUCAAAUAAAAAAUUGAGCACUCUACCUAUUUAUUAUAUUAGUUAUUAAAAAGGAAGCAAAGUCAAAUGAUUCUGUCCAAGGGGCAAACUGGAAGUAGAUCAAAAGUUUUCCACCCCUGGUUUAGGGUCCUUUUCACUGAAUAAGAAUGUUGUCAAAUAAAAGACUUUAGUAGCAGAGACAGUAGCAGAAACAGCGGAAGGAUGAUUGAACUUUUGACCUUUCUGUUAGGUUAUCUGAUGUUAGUUUCAAAUUCACUUUCUUGAAGAUAAUACAUUGUUUCAAACUUUAAAAUACCGCCUCUGACGGCUCUAAUGUGGGUACUAAACAAACAAAAAAUUAUCAUGAACAGGAAACUCAAUUUUUUAAAAAUACAAAAUAUGGAAAACGACAAUUGCAAGCCUAACUGUUGGUUUGAGUUUGUAGGGUCAGAGGGCAGAUUUUAAAACUUUAUUUUGGUAAAUUUCAAAUAUGCACAAAAGUAGAAAGGAUCUUGUUCUGAGCCCCUGUAUAGUCAUUAUACAGUUUUGACAGUGUAGGGAAGUCAGAUGAAACCCAUAGCAUGCAAGUAAAUAUAGAAAUACCAAUUGUGGCCUGAUUUAGAGUACAGGAGGGGGCUGGGAACUCUGUGAGAAACUGAAACCUGAGGAACGGAAGAGCAUUUCAGUUUGCAGAACAGCAUGGCAAAGACUGAGGUGAGAAAGAUCUGAGCGCAGCUGGAAGCCUUAGUUAGAGGUGACUGGAAAAAAGGAGCAAGGGACAGGUGGUGCAGGUCCUCGAAUUCAUGCGAAGGGUUUUGGUUUUCACCCCAUGAGCAUUUUAGGAAGACUGUUCUGAUUUUCUUGUGGAAAAAGGAAUGGCAUGGGGGAAGACACAGAGCCAACAUGGAAACAGAAAGACUCGUCAGGAGGCCACUGCAGUGAAAAUAGGUAGGAGUGAAUUUGAAGUGGGUCGAUGGUGAUGAAGAUAGAAAAAGUGGAUAGAGUCAAGAUUCAUCCAUAGUAUGCCUAGAACAACUUAUUUGUCUUGAUUGCUGGAUAGUAUUCUACUACCUGAAUAUACCACAGUCUGGUUAUCCAUUUAACUGCUGAUGGACAUUUGGUUUGCUCCCAGUUUCUGGCGCUUGUGAGCAAUGCUGGAGUGACCGUUCCUGUAUUUUAAUUCUGGUAGGUAUGUGCAAGUGUUGCUUCAACGUGUGUUCCUGGAAUAGAUGAAAGCAUGAGGUCAUGUAUAUAUUCCAGUUUGCUAGAUAAUAUCAAAUGUUUGCCAUAAGUGUUAUACCAGUGUACGCUGCUAUGAGGGUUCCCACUGCUUCUCACCUCUGCCACACUUGGUAUUUCCAAUUAUUUAUUGUUUGUCACUCUAGUGAGUAUGUAAUGGUAUUUCUCAUUGUGUGUUUAAUUGGCAUCUCCCUAACCAUUAAAGGUUUUUGGCAUCUUU